CAAGGGAAGGAAGGGUAUCGGGAUGGGAAAUGGAAUUGCAUUUGGUUGUUUGUCAUGCUCAUGCUAUCUCUCAUAUAAUUAUGGUCAACCUAUGAGGACAAAGAGACAUGGGAAUUUUAAUAAUUCCACACACAAGAUUCGUUACUCGUUUCCUUAGCCUUAAAUAAUUAGGCCCCCACCUCCCCUCUCUAUGAACACUCUCCUCCUCCUCCUCCUCCUCUUCUUCUUCUCCACCAUUCUUUCAAUCUUCUCCAUUUACUUAUAUAUUUACUUUUUAUAAACAUUCUUUGCUGCCUCAGCAGUGGCUUUUUUUUUCUUUUUUUUUUUUAAAUAUGGAUUUAGAUGAUGGUUGUGAAAUUGGCCUUGGCCUUGGCCUUGUCUCUAGAAAUUUUCAGCAGUACUCAGAUGAUCAUCAUCAUCAAAAUAAGAAGAGACAACUGUCUUUGAAAUAUGAUCAUCUAGUGCCAUCUCUUACUCUGGGCCCAUCACCCAAGGCUUAUCAACCUGCUGCUGCUCCCAAGAUUGAACCAAGCACUAGAGUCGGCCCUUAUGCCGGUGAAUCAGCCGCCGAUCUGCAGCCACAGGCCUCUUCGUUCAGUGGCGUAUCGUCAUUUUCCAAUUCGUCUAGCGUCAAGAGAGAUAGAGAUCUCGCCGGCGAAGAAGUCGAGGCUGAGGCUGAGGUAGAGAGAGUCUCUUCAAGGAUAAGUAUUACUGAUCAGGAAGAUGAAGAAGGCAGUCCAAGAAAGAAACUCAGACUUACAAAAGAACAAUCUGCCACUUUGGAAGACAGCUUUAAAAAGCACACCACUCUCAAUCCCAAGCAGAAGCAAGAACUAGCAAGACAGCUCAAUCUACGGCCGAGACAAGUAGAAGUAUGGUUCCAGAACAGGAGAGCUAGGACUAAGCUGAAGCAAACCGAAGCAGAUUGUGAGCUACUGAAGAAAUGUUGUGAGACACUGACAGAAGAGAACAAUAGGCUUAAAAAGGAGCUGCAAGAGCUUAAAGCAUCCAAACUGACGCCACCGGUUUAUAUGCAUUUACCGACAGCCACCCUCAGCAUGUGCCCUUCUUGUGAGCGGAUUUGCGCCGGCAGCACCGGCGGCGGUGGUGGUGACGACGGCACAUCUUCUGCUCCCUUUUCAAUCGGAGGAAAGCCUCACUUCUUCAGUCCUUUUACCCAUCCUUCCGCUGCCUGCUAGCUAAGCCUCCCAAAGAAUUAUUAAAGGCCACAAUAAUACUUAUGUUUAUAAAAUAUAAUUCAAAAAUUAAUUAAUUAGCUCCAUUAUAUAUGUUCUCUCAUAUAAAAACUUAGAUUUUGGUAAAGUUGCUACUACUUAGCUAGGUAUCUUUAUCAUUUAUAUGUACAUAUUUGUAAAUAUUUUACAUUACUUUCCGCGUAGGAAUUUUUCUUUUCUUGUUUCUUGUCCAAAUGCUAUCAGUCAGUGGUUUUUGAAUGGAAAUUUUAGAUUUUACUUUUGUA